CGCGACACCCUCGCUCUAUCGGGUCCCGAAACUGGAUAUGCUUCAAACCCUAAUGGACGCAAGUUGGAAAGGAGGCGACACAGAGAUUGAAAAUCAUUUUCAAUGCCAUCUUUCUGUCACCUUCGCAACGUCCCUGGAGGAUGGAAUUACCUGCCACUCGUAUUCAAAUUCUCAAGAGCUACUAUCGUCUUGAGGAAAUGUUCCCCUAAAUUGCUAUGAGUCUCAUAGGGGAACCGCUACGCAAAUUCAGACAGAUUUUGACCCCUGAUUCGGCCUCUGGGACUCCUUUGCAAGUGGGUCUUAGACAACUGCUGCUACUGGUACAUAAGUCUACUCGCCGCCGUAAACUAUUCACCUCCCGAACUCUUCACCCACCAUGGCCGACUCCUCAGCAGAUAUUCAACGUAUUGUCGUCAACGCCGUCGGAUUAGCACUUGAGUGGGGGUUCUAUGGUGUAACUCUUCCUUUAUUUGUGAUAACAAUGAGAACAUUACUCGAGCCGCUACGAAGAAGAAAGCUAAAGUCUGCAUCUACGCGCGUGAAGUUGAACAAAAAGAUGAUCGUUCUGGCUAUCUCGCUCUGGCUGCUUUGUACUGUGGUUAUAGUAGGCGAUCUAGUUCAAAACGUGAAGGGCUUUAAAGAUCAUAUCGAGAAGAACCAUCGAGUCGAUAUAACUCCUCUCCCCUACUUUAAGAGAAUGAGGCAGAGAUUAGAGCUUACAAGAGGGGUCGCAUACAUGGCCAUCACAUUACUCGCCGACGCCGUAGUGGCCUAUCGAUGCUUCGUUGUUUGGAGGCCACGACUGAUCAUUGCCACAUUACCCUGGAUACUGUGGGUAGCUCUCCUCUCGAGCUGUAUUGGCUAUGUGUGUUCCAUCGUUAUGAUCAAAUACGAGAGCAGUGCAGAACGAGCCCGUAUUACGGGGUGGACUACCGCGUUCUUGUCUACUUCCUUAGCGACCAAUUUUAUUUCAACUGGUCUCCUCGCGUUUAAGAUAUGGAAAAUCGACCGCGAAUCUUCCCGAUUCCGAUUGGGAGACUCGCUCCUCAAGAAGCUGUUACGCGUCGCCAUUGACUCGGGCGUGAUCUACACCAUCGCGCUUUCCGCUACCAUUGCGCAGUUUGUGGGAAAUGCGUCGUGGACGAAGGUGUUUGUGACUAUGAUGCCGACUAUAAUCUGCAUAACGUUCUACCUCAUGCUUAUCCGUAUCGCCCAUUCAGUAAGGGAACAAAACGAAGUGCCGGAUGUUGAGAGUGUUUUCAACCAUGAUGAUGCGGCGCUGAGACGGAUCACUAUACGAACGUCUAUUUCGGUCGAGACGGGGGAUAGCGGGUCAGAGAUUAUCAUGGAGAAGAGGGAAUUAGAGCAUGAUCCUGCCGGUGUGGAGAUACCGGUUGUCAAUCGGGAGUAG